AUUCGCUUUGCCGCACAGGGUGGCCACUCUGGCGCGUGGGCAUUGUUACGACAUUGCCUUCUGGUCACACUGCACUAGCCCCGAAAUAUUUUAUUUAGCUUUUGCAAUCCUUAAAUUAACAAUUGAUCAACUAAGCCCAGCGCCACGGCCUAGCGGGCAGUGAGCACAGCACAGCACGGCCCAGAUCUGGACUCAUGGCUGGAGGACGCGAAAUGCUCCGGUCGGCAGGCAGCAAACAUCAGAACGCCAAAGUAGAGCAAUUGCAGCUGUAACUGUAACUGUUAACCCUGGACUGGGCGCGGGGGCUGGGUGGCAGUGGUGGUAGUGGACCAGGAAGAGGAAGAGCAAGAGUGCUGGGGAAGAGGAAGAGCACAUCUUGAGAACCGGAGGCAAACGAAAUGGAGCCACCAGCUGCACCGGUACCCCUACAGCCACUGGCAGCAUCUUCCGCAUGCCUGGCGGACAGGAAUCCAGUGGAUCCCAUUGCAGUCAGGCUGCAGCAGGAGGAGCAGGAAGAGGAAGAUGACGAGGAGGAGGAGGACGAUGAUGAUCCGAAAGAGGAGGAAGCCUUCUAUGAGGCGCGCAACGGCAACGAAAGUGACGAAAUGGAACAGGCCUUCCAGAGUGCCCUCACCCUGACCAACGAUGUCCAGGUGAGUGUCAGCGAAGUGGAGGUACAGGAACCGCCCUUGGCAUUUGAAAAUCAGGACGCGGCAAAGGAGGUGGAGCAGCAGCAGCAGCAGGAGCUGGGGGCCUGCGCACUGGCCCAGUCCAGUGAAGCAUCUGCGAAAGAGGAAAAGCCAGCAGGCUCAAAGGAGCCGAGGGAACCCCGCCAUCAGACCCUGCUUUCCACCAAAUCCUGCGAGACACCAGCCAACAAUGCCACGCUCUCACCGACCAACUCCUACAAUGGCAGCAUUGGCAGUGAUGGCGGCAGCAGUGUGGGCGGUGGCGCGCGUCGCAAGUCCUGGACACUGUCGCCCCAAAGCGGUGGUUCCACGCCCCUGAGCGGAGCCAAGAAGAAGACCAAGGCGGGUGCAACGACCACAACGCUGUCCAAUGCUAAUGGAGACGGUUUUAAUCUGUGGGUGGCACGCGAAUGUUUUGAAACAGUGCCCGCCGAAAUGGUGGAUACUCUGAGCAUGGCCGAAGUGGACGAGGAGGUGGAUGAGGAGGAGGACGAGGAGGCGGCUGCCGUGGAAAGUCUUCUGGGAGCCGCUGCGGCCCUCCAGGCCAGUGCCCAUGUGCAGCGCCGUCAGCAGCAACAGAAGCAACAGCAUCAUCAUCAGCAUCUUCGACAGCCCUCGCCACCACAGCAUCGUCCGCUGGAACGCUCUUGGCCGCCGCGUGCUGUUGGUCGGGAUCUGAAGCUUCAGGGCGAUGUCUUUCAGUUCGACAUCCUGGACACAGAUGAGCGACUGGCCGAGGAAAUUGCCCAGGGCAGUGGAAGCUCGAAUAAUUCACCCCUGGCCACGCCGCCUGUGCGAUUUAAGCCGCUGCUGAAGAAGAAGAUUGGACCCGAUAGCUACAUCAACACGAUUAGCACACAAAAGGUGCCGGUCCACCAGAGCUAUGAGUUCCCCACCUUUCCGAGUUCCUCGGCAGUUGGAUCCUCGUCUUCGUCGCCAAAUAGUCUGCAAUUUCCUUAUCUGCGCCAGCACCGUCCGCUCACUCGUGCCCUUUCCAAUGGCAAGGCAAGUUCAUCGGAGGAGCAAGCCUCCCCACGCCUUCUGCUCUCACCAAAACGUCCGAGAAGUCCUCCUUCAGGCUGUUCCACGCGCAGUGCCUCUCCCUUGGAUCUCAGCCUGAGUCCCGAGCAGCACUCGCCCACCAGAGGCAGAGGAGUGGGUGGAGCUCUGCAGGAUGUGGUGCCGCCUGGUACUCCAACAUUUCAUGGUCAGCGACCGCAGCAACGGUUGCUCAAACGUGUUGGCGGUGGUGCCGGAGCUGGUACUACGGCCGGGGCAACCGGAUCGCCAUUGGUAUGUCCACCAACGCCUACUCACCAUGCCCGGCGGCAUGCCCGCCUUCAAGCCGUCACUGCCAACUCCAGCCUCGCCAGCGGAGGAGCGAUCCCAACGGAUCCUCCAGCCGUUUCUAGUCAAUUGGAUUACAUAUACCUGCAAGAUGCUGGCCAAGAGCAGGGAGGUCAGGAGCAGCCAGACGAAGUAGUGCACAUCAGCAGCACCCGCCUGCCCUCCAUUCCAGAACGCAGUGCAGCCGCAGCAGCGGCGGCGGCGGCAGCAGCAGCUGGAGCAGCUCUCAUGGAACCAGGAUCGGGUACGGUAUCCGGGUCCAGUGGAGCAGGAGCCGCGGGAGAGCCACCAUUGCCACCCGCAUGGGAGGCGCGAAUGGACAGCCACGGACGCAUCUUUUACAUCGAUCACACAACGCGGACAACCUCCUGGCAACGACCAGGAGCGGCGCCAAGUGGAGGACCAGCUGGCAGAGAGCAACACCAUCGCCAGCAGCUGGAUAGGCGGUAUCAAAGCAUCCGGCGCACCAUUACCAAUGAGAGCAGAGCUGCGCAGCUUUACAAUCUGCCAACCUCUGCCAAUAGUAAUGCCAAUUCCAGUGCUCCAGCCGCUCCUCCUCCCGCCACGGCUAUACAUCCCGCCAUCCUCAUGCUCUGCCGCCCGGAUUUCUACUCCCUGCUGCACACCAACGAAGCUGCACUGGCCAUUUAUAACCGCAAUGCCGCACUGAAGCACAUGGUCAUGCGCAUUCGACGGGAUCCACAGUGCUUCCAGCGCUAUCAGUACAACAAGGAUCUGGUGGCGCUGGUUAACACAUUCGCCCAGAUGAGCAGGGAACUGCCCUCGUGCUGGGAGACCAAGCUGGAUCAAUCGGGCAAGCAGUUCUUCAUUGAUCACCAGCACCGUCGCACCUCGUUCAUGGAUCCUCGUCUGCCCGUGGAGUGUCCACGCGUGGUGCGUCACCGCCAGCAGCAUCCGCAGCAGCAGCAACAGUCAGGUGUGGGCUACUACUACCCGGAUCUGGUGGAUGGCAACUGUCUGUCCGCCACCAGUGGGCAUAUUAACGCCAGUCCGGCGUCCUCGGUGUCCGGUGUGCCGCCUUUGCCGCCGCCCAGACCCUCAUCCUCGUCCUCCUCCUCCAGAAGUAGCCAUGGACAUGGUCACAACUGCACCACAACGGCAGCCAUCUCCUGUGCCCUCAACGCGGACCGUUCGGCGUAUGGUGCCGCUGGAAUGUCCGGAGCGGGAGCCACUGCAGCCGGGUACGAAGAUGUGCCCAUCGCCUACAACGAAAAGGUCAUUGCCUUCCUGCGCCAGCCGAACAUCCUGGAGAUCCUGCGAGAGCGCCAGGGCCAGCACACAAUGUCCCGCCAGUUGCGUGAGAAAAUCAAUAUCCUGCGGGUGGAGGGUGUUCCCGCUCUCGAGAGAUUGGGCCAUGACCUACAACUGACCAUUUUGCUGAGCCUGUUCGAGCAGGAGAUCAUGAGCUAUGUUCCUAUUGAAGAGCGCAGUCCGCAGGGAUCGCCGGUCCUGAGCUCCCGGAUGCCACAGCGGGCGCCGCCUCCAUUCCGCAGGGAUUUCGAGGCCAAGCUGCGCAGUUUCUAUCGCAAACUGGAGUCCAAGGGCUAUGGGCAAGGACCCCACAAGCUUAAGCUACACAUCCGUCGCAGCCAUUUGCUGGAGGACGCCUUCCGUCGCAUCAUGUCCGCCAACAAGAAGGACCUGCAACGCGGCCGUCUCGCCGUGCUGUGGGAUACGGAGGAGGGCCUGGACUACGGCGGACCCUCACGCGAGUUCUUCUUCCUGCUCUCCCGCGAGCUGUUCAAUCCAUACUACGGACUGUUCGAGUACUCCGCCAACGAUACGUACACGGUGCAGGUGUCGCCGCUGUCGGCGUUCGUGGACAACUGCCACGAUUGGUUCCGCUUUAGCGGACGAGUUCUGGGACUGGCACUGGUACAUCAGUAUCUACUGGACGCGUUCUUUACGCGACCCUUUUACAAGGCGCUGCUGCGCCUGCCCGUGGCCCUCAGUGACUUGGAGUCGCUGGACAAUGAGUUCCAUCAGUCGUUGCAGUGGAUACGCGACAAUGACAUCGGCACGGGCGUGGAUCUCGGCCUGACAUUCUGCGUCACAGAGGAGCUGCUUGGCCGUGUGGUGGAGCGGGAAUUGAAGCCGGGCGGCAAGAACAUCAUCGUCAACGAGAAGAACAAAAAGGAGUACUUGGAGCGCAUGAUUAAGUGGCGUUUGGAGCGCGGCGUUCAGGAGCAGACCGAGUCGCUGGUGCGCGGCUUUUACGAGGUGGUCGACUCGCGGCUCGUUUCCGUCUUCGAUGCCCGGGAGUUGGAGCUGGUUAUUGCCGGCACUGCGGAAAUAGACACAAACGAUUGGCGCCUGAACACAGAGUAUCGUUCCGGCUACCACGAUAAUCAUCAGGUGAUCGUGUGGUUCUGGCAGGUCAUCGAGCGCUUCAGCAACGAGCAGCGGCUGCGUCUCCUUCAGUUCGUGACUGGCACCUCGAGCAUCCCGUACGAAGGCUUCUCGGCACUGCGCGGAUCGACUGGCCCAAGGCGUUUCUGCAUCGAGAAGUGGGGCAAGCCUAAUGCACUGCCCCGGGCCCACACCUGCUUCAAUCGGCUGGACCUGCCGCCCUAUCCAACGCCCGAACUGCUGUACGAGAAGCUGCUGCUGGCCGUCGAGGAGACCAACACGUUCGGGAUCGAGUAGGCACGUGAUAUUGCACCUCAGCCUCACUUUGUUGCACCCACACACACACACACAAACAAACAAACAUAACCCGAAACGCUUUAUUUCGAUUUUAGAAGUUUUUAUUACUUGCCUAAGUCUAGAAAUUCGCGAGCUUUGCAGAAAUCCCAGGGAUUUGUAUGCCACUAACUGGAGUCUUUGAAAAAUAACAUUGAAGUCUUUGUAAAAGUUUUGUAGUUUUAAAGUUACAUUCCACUUUUUGAAGUCUAAACAGGAGUUGAAACUAUUAUUUAGUUUCAGAUGGUAUUUCUUAAAAAUAGAACUAGAAUUAGGUAAACGAAACUUGAAACAUAAUUCGUAAUUUUUAACGGAAAGUUAGUUACUACUUAAAAUUUGUUAGAUAUUUUAAGGCGCCUUAAUUCUAUGCAAAUCUACUGGGAUUUCUGCAAGACUCAGGAUUGUACUGUAGUUAUUUAUAUACGUAGGUUACCCGUCCCCCCAAAAGAACAAAAUUGAAAAGCAAAGAAUAGCCUAGCCAUAGACAGACUUGCUACUUUAGGCAUGGCAUCCCACUAGUUCGUAGACAAUUUGCCUUCGCCUUCGUUUGCCGUUCGUUUGAAUGGAAGUUACCUCAAGAGCAAAACGGCUUGCCAGCGCCGCCAGUCAUUAGUCCUAAGAUCUAAACGCCCCCGGAUAACUUCUAAGCCUAAGUAUCCUUCGCUUGACUCUGCCUGAUUUACACUCGAAACGAUGCCAACUGCCUCUAGAGAAAUUUACGACGCGUAAACGCUGCUCCAGAUCCAGUUAAGCAGUUCCCAAAGAAAGAGAGCAGAGCAACUCUACGCCAAUACUUAACUAGCUUAUAAUGUUCUCUUAGCCUAAACUCGAAUUCAAACUCAAAUUUGAACACUCCCUAGAUGUGUGCAUUCCAAAUAAGCGUAUUGUGGAUGUCAGUUAUUAUAACACAUAUAUAACAUAUAUGUAUAUUUACCCCCUCUCCUUUUACCCAAAAAGUAUGUAAAUUAUUUUUGAAUUUACAAACCCCUUAACAACCAACCCCCCGUGUAGGAGCUGUCAUGUGCAUCCUCGCCUGCCACUUGACCAAAUCUCUGGUCAGGACAGGCUGCACAUGGUAGCAUCGAUUGGGUUUAUAUAUUUAAAUCUUGGCUGGUGUUUUGCCAACGAUUACGAAUUGGUCCAGUGCGUUGCUUCGGCUUUAUUGGUUCUUUCGGCGCAUAAAAUUAACGAUAAUACGAAUUAUAUUUAACGAAAACAUACAAAAUUUCAAAUGUAGCUAAAUAAUUGAAUACCAAAAGCAAAUGCAAAAACAAAAAACAAAUUUUUAUGAUUAGUAUUUAUCGAAAGCGAGAACGAAACGAAAAUAUAACUAAAUGGUGAUUUGUUUACAUGUAUUUUUGGCAUUAGUUAAUACGGAAAG